CGUGCAUGGGCUUGGCUAGAUGUCAUGACCAGUGGCAUAUCAACUUAACAACCGCCUAGCCUCCCUUUUACCUACCCUGUUCACCUCUUCACCGACUCCUCUACCUCCCAAGCAGGAGUCUGAUGUCAGGGUACAGUCACAUAUCCUGCUUCUUAGCUUCAAUCUCCAACUAGAUACAACAUAUUUACAUUGCAUCUCUAUCCAGAAUGGCGACAGAUUCCUUGAAAGCCCUAAUUACUAACAUUCCCGACUGGCUUAAACGCCUCGAGGAGCUCAAUGGACAAAUCGAUCAGCGCCAGCAGGAUCUGGCUAUGCUGCCUGAGAACCAACCCAAGUCCUCAGCUCGAUCUAUUAGGAAUAAGGGGUCGACAGAAUCUCUAAGACCGAAGGAUGAAGGCGCGUCCGGCCAAAUAUUAGACACGAUACGCGUCUCGACGCCACCUCCCCUAGCCCCGAAUGAAACUCGACAGCCAAAUGGCGGUGCUGAAGUACCAACGAGUCCCGUGAGUGAACCACGAUCGAACACAUCCCUUCAACGUCAGACCAACGAGGUUAUGGCAACGGCACAGCGACGAGCGCGCGCCGUUGUUCGGAAGAAGCCGAAGACCGAAUCUAUGAUGAGCAGCGAGAACGCCGUCCAAAAUUACAGGUCACGGAAUAUGAUCAUCGUAUACUACGACAGCUACGUACAGUCAUUCUUUGAGGAGCUAGUCAAGUUCGUGUCGAUGCAGCGCAAUGCCAUGCGUAAAGCCAAGAUGGCUGCCAAGGUGGCCCGCAUCAGGCGUUUAGCCGAGAUUGAGAUGCCCGAUGAUGACGAGGAGGAGGACAGACCGGGUAGUGGGAAUGGUGAACUAAAGCCCAGGGAUAAUAUCAUGGCCGUCGCCGCCGACGCCACAGCCGCAGAAGCUAAGGAAGAGUCGGCGGAAGAUAUUAAGCUCCGCUUCAAAAGUACUCGACAGAUGGGACCACGAAACGUAGUUGCUGGUAGGGUGAGUGCGCGGGUGACCCGAUCAGGUCUUAAUGGCGGACUAGGCGCAUUCCAGGACAGGGGCGAUGUCUGGGAGGAGCUGGACAAAGGCCUAGAGUUCGUCCAGGGCAUGUGUGAACAAGGAGCGCAUCAAUUCCUUCGAGACGGUGACUGCGCCGAAGAGAUCGAGAAGAUUAAAGCGCGCCUUGCGUUGACGAAGGAGGCUGCCGACAAGGAACUAGCACGUUCUGAAACGGAAAACACUCCCGAGCCAGCCUCGCCCUGGCCCACGCAGUCCCGGAGCUAUCGCCCCACGACGAUGCGGAAGAGUAUGGGCACGCCGGCAGUAAAGACGCCUCCUAAGCAAGAGUUUGUCAAGCAGAAUGUUAUUGAAGUGGAGGACGAAGGGGUGCAGGAUAUGGACGACUACGAGCCGAUCUCUAAACCAACGGGGCAAAUAGAUGGACCCACGUCUUAGAAUGACGAGGUCCCUUUGCUUUGUUAUGCGUCAUGCGCAUGAAGCAGUCUCCCUGCUGCUAUUACCUACCACCGUCGUUUACGUAUAUACAAACCACAUCUCAGCCAAUCAAAAUUGUUUGCUCGGAUGCAGCAUCGCGACGGAAUUGGCUUACAG